CCUCUGCAGUGGUUAAUGAAUUAUGCUAGAAAUGCUACAUAUUACGGGCACACAAGCACAACCAAGUGAAUGCUUCUCGCUGCGUGGCGCAUUGGAUCAAAAAGCCGUCCCUCUGUGCAGAGAGCAGUGUCCUUUAGUAAAGUCAGGGCCCUGAUUUUUCAGGGGUCUAAGGGAUGGCACCUGUGGCAACACUGGAGGGCCUUUUAUUCCAGCAGCGCUUCUGGAAAUGGAAAAUUGUGCUGUCAAACAGGAACAACGGAUAAAAACACCCAUGCAACACGUGUGGUGGAUCUGUCUUAUGAUCUGUAUGAUGGAAGUGCUCCUGGUCCCCCUCUGGUGUUACUUCAUGGGCUGUUUGGCAGCAAAUCUAACUUUCAAUCGAUUGCUCGAGCUUUGGUACGGAAGACAGGCAGAAAGGUGUUAACCCUGGAUGCUCGCAACCAUGGCUGUAGUCCUCAUGAUGACAUUAUGACCUACCCUGCAAUGAGUGCUGAUGUCUGCCAGAUCCUGCACAAGCUUCAGAUCACUAGCUGUGUUCUUAUUGGGCAUAGUAUGGGAGGCAAGACUGCAAUGACAGUGGCACUGCAGGAACCUAAGCUUGUGGAGCGCUUAGUAUCAGUGGACAUCAGCCCUGCACCAACUGUUCCCCAGACUGGUUUCCCACAUUACAUAGCAGCCAUGCAGAAAGUACAUCUUGAAGGGAAGAUUCCUCGUUCCACAGCCAGAAGACUGGCAGAGGAGCAACUGAGUUCUACAGUAAAGGAAGCUUCAAUUCGCCAGUUUCUACUUACCAAUCUAGUGCAGGAGAAUGGAACCUUCAAAUGGAGGGUGAAUCUGGAAGUCAUAUCUCAACACUUGCAGGAUCUCUUAGAUUUCCCAGAAUUUCAGGAGCCUUAUCCUGGACCUGCCCUGUUUCUGGGAGGAGCAAAUUCUCCUUAUAUCAGCUCAGAGAAUUACCCUGAAAUAGAAAGACUCUUCCCCUGUGCCAAUGUUGAGUAUAUUUUUGGAGCAGGGCAUUGGGUACAUGCUGACAAAACCCAUGACUUUCUUAAUUCUAUCUGUAACUUUGUGGAAUCAGCCUAAUCCAGCUAAAAUACCUGAAUAAAAGUGCUGUCACAACUAGGAGAAGUGAUACAGGAAAGAGCUGCCAUGUUUCAUUAGGAAAGUGAGUAUCACACAGUGGGAAUGUUGCCUGAUGCUUUAACCAAUGAGUGAACUGGAAGAAGGACUGACAAACUGUAUGAGAAUAAAAAAACAAACUUUGCCAUGAUGAAAAGAGCAAUUUAGCUACCUCAAACAUAAAAGCUAGUGUAAAGGUGAACUUCCUCUUUAAACAAACCUUCACAAUGGAUGAAAGGGUGAACUACAAAGAAUGCUCCCGAGAGUGGCUGAAAGAAAGUGCUGGGUGGAAUCACCAAGGCUGCAGGAUUUAUUCCUACAAUUUUCAGCUAGCUACCACUAGGGGCAGAACCACAAGGAAUAAGCCAAGCUGAACAGAUACAUAGAAUAUGAUGGCAGAAACUAGUUUAUAUGCCUUUUGUUAAGUUAUAUGUAAAAGAAUAGCAUGUUGUUCUACUCCUUAGUCCCCUGGCUGCUACCUUGUAGAAGGGGUUCAGGAUAUAAAGAGGUCAAAUGAGAAUAGGGGCAAGGAGCAAAAAAAUCACACAUUUGCACAUAUUUGUUAGUUUUUUUUGUUAAAUAGCAUUCAGACAAGAACUUGUAGCCUGACUUUUGUGCCUGACAGCCUUUUUAUAAAUGUGGUUUGAAAUACUAUAGUAUUUAACUCACUUUUUGUUUUAACAAACAGAAGAGUAUUGGGAAAUCUUAGGGGGGCCGUUUACUAUAGUCUGUUUUUUCCCCCUGUGAUUUGUGUUUUUUGUGCUAAAACUCAUUCCUUCAAGUAAAAAAUGCACAUUUUUUGCCACUUAUGUGUCAAAACCACAAAAAACACUGUCGAGGUCACGUAGAAGUCGAUGGGAGCUUAUACUAGGCUUAUUGUGAAACUAUUUAAUUUGUGGGAUUAGAGCUUUUGGGUUUUUUAUUUUUCCAUGAAAAUUCUAACAAUUUAGAGGUUUUGGUAUUCUUUAAACUUUUACUCCGCAUUUUAAUUAGUUUGUGCUUUUUCACCCCUGAUCUUUUAAUAAAUGAUUAAACUUUUGUGGUUUUAGUGGAAAUUGCUUUAUUCGUGGUUUCAAAAACCUCUUAAACCAUGAAAAUCCCAAUGCUGAUAUAUCUGCCUCCAGUUCAGUUCACAAGUUGAGUUUUUAAGCAUAGAUGCAGCAUUAUUUUAUACAUAGAGCAAAAAGAAAGCAAGGAAUAGACAGGGAAAGAUUUAGGGUAAAGCACUGUAAGCUGUUUUAUGAUUGGAGGACAUUAGCCCACCCAGUUAUAGUGCUGCUUGCAUUUGUCUUUACAUGUACACAAUGAUCCACAAAUAUAUAACAAAGCAUUGCUGCUUAUUAAAUACAGUUUGAGGUCUGGGCACACAUGGUGUUUUGACUUGUGUAGUCACAUCUCACAUCACAUCACUCCUAACCUCCUUCUCAACCUGCAGUCACUUCACAUGAAUUUCAGUAGGAAAUGUUUAUGGCAGAUGCUGGCACUACCAGGCAUCAGGAACAGUUUCCCAAGUGAUCCCAGACCGAAUUGGAAGCAGCUGAAGGCAGGAAAGGGUAUUUUGACUUCUUACAUAAGAGGGCAUCAGUGGUCAAAACACCCCAGUUACCAUUCUUUGCAUUUGUCUAACUGUGUCUGUGCUUAAAAUUCUGUAUAUUUAUAACCUGUGUUUGAUCCUACCUGACCUUAUAUAAAGCAGAGAUUCUUGAGCAAUGGGCCAGGGCACAAAAAUGGGUCUCCCAUGUAAUACAGUAAUGUUUUUUGUUUCAAAAAUAGAAUAUAAUAAUGAAUUUGUUCUGCAUAAUUGAUUGUAAAUUAGACAGAUAUACUGUAAAUAAUAAAUUAUGUAUUAACAGCCA